AUGACGGGCUCCGUGGGGCAGGAUAGUGAAGCGGCGGCCGUCCGCUCCACUCACCGCCAGGCCGGAUCCUGCUGGUUGCUGCAGGCGUCCAACUUCUGGACACGAGCAGCCGCUGUAUCGAGAUACAGGACAAAGGCCCACGCUCCAAUUGGGGGGAGGAAACUCAGGAAAACAUGUCUUUUAUUAGCAACAGCACCCAAGAAAAGAAAUGGAGGUUUUAUCCGUCAGACCGGCAAUAACGAGCGCCUUGUGCAGAGUUCUUUUCGCUAUUGGUUGUUCCUGUACAGAAAUCACGCUGUGAGAGAAGAGAACGGCUGUCCUGGUGACCGUGAAGCUGAGGGUUUGUCCGGAUCAUCAACAAACGUGUUGUCUCCCAGCGAAGAGCUGCUACGAAGAAAUCCACUGCAUGAAGCUAAUCUUUUAAAGCUGCUAGAUGGGUUUCAGCGCAGCCAGGAGAGAGUGCGGCUUGGAACUGCGUGGUUGUACUGGAGAGGAAUUUACAAUACAGUGAUAAUGGUAAAAGGAAUGGGCCAGACAUGUUUAAUGGAGAGAAGUUGGAAUAUCUGGAGAAGGCGAUUUCUGCAGAGCGUCACUGCGCAAACGUUUCUCUUGGCGGAGAAGAAAUUUCUAUGCCAACAGGUUUUCACAAAAUGGAAAAAUCAGACCAGGCAGAGACGGGCAUGGAAUGAACCGGAGGGAAGCAGUGGGAUUCUAGGAAAACUCUGCACUAUAAUACAAUGCAAACAGCCCUAGUGAGCCACAAACUGGCUAGCAAUGCAUUGUGGGAAAACGCUUGGCAUGCUUCACGUUGCUGACAUUUCUUCCCAGUGUAACCCUUUCAGGACCAAUCACAUGGCAGGACUGGGGAGGUAACAGGGUUUGUCUGACAUUGGUCUUUAAGAGGUUAACCCAUUUUCACACAUUCUUCCCUUACAGGGUGCAAGUGCAAGAAUUAGAAUAUUCUAAUGAAUGGGGUCUAACUCAUUAUUUGAAGAUUUGUUACCAUUAAAAAAAUAAAUAA